UGACGUCACAAUGAUCUGCUUCUCUUUGACGAAGCUAACACAGGCCCUUCACUAAAUUGGUCCUGAAUUAGUAUUGAAUGUCUCUGGAGCAGCAAAACGGGACGCCCGUCACUAAGUCGAUUGAAUAAUAUUUCAUCCGCUAAAUCUUCGUGCCCACUUCAUCUCGUCAUGGUGCACGUUGAAGAGUCACGGCCUGUUUUAGCUUUGGCUGCCUUAGCUUAGCUUACUUUACGAGCUGCUAGCAAAUCGAAGCGUUUGUGAGCAACGCAUCGCAAAGCGGAGAUCAAAUGGGCGUAAAAUAGUUUUGAGUUUGGUGUGAAAAUGUGGGAAAGUCGGACGGAAGAGGACGAGGAGGAUUUUUGUGGAACAAAACGGGAGAGCGAGCGACAACGUCAAUGGCUGGAUGGAACUUUCAAGAAGCCUCGAGUUGGGUUACACACCGCAGACAUCACCGGCGAUCUUAAUCCAUUUUCAUCAGACAUUCACUCGAAAUCCCUUCACAUCAAAGAGGAAGUGGGGGAUAAAGAGUCCCUCAAAAUCAAAGAGGAGGAGGAAGAAGAGUUCCUGCACAUAAAAGAGGAAGUGGAGGAUAAAGACCGCCCCCUAAUUAAAGAUGAUGAAGAAGAGUUCCUGCUCAUUAAAGAGGAAGAGCAGGAGGAUAUCAUCAAGGUCCGAUUGACUGGUGUCACUUGGAAGACUGAAGAUGAAGGGCUCAGUGAUGAAGAUCUAAGAGAGGAAAGCAGAGUUGUGGAACCACCAAGCAGCAUCUUACGUCAACCCACGACAACAGAGAGUGAUCGAGACCACUGUGGAAGAUCACCAGAAGACGAACUCUUGGCUCCACUAUCGGAGAGUGACGACGCAAUGUCACACUCUCGUGAUGAAGAUGAUGAUGACGACGACGACGAACGCUUUGUGAAAAACGUAGGUUAUGAGUGCCAUUUGAAAAGUCAUGUGACGAGCCACACUGGUGAGAAACCUUUUGUCUGCCCAGUUUGUGGCCAAACAUUCUCUCGUAAACACUCUCUAACGACACACUCAAGAAAACACACUGGAGAGAAACCUUUUGCCUGUUCAGUUUGUGGUCAGACAUUCUCACGCAGACAUGUUUUGACAGUACACAAAAGAACACACACUGGAGAGAAACCCUUCGCUUGUGCAGUUUGUGGUCAAACAUUCUCUGUGAAUGGGAGCUUGAGAAGACACAUGAGAACACACACUGUGGAUAAUCCCUUUGUCUGCUCAGUUUGUGGUCAAGGAUUCCCGGAAAAGGACCAAUUAAAUAUGCACACAAGAACCCAUACUGGUGAAAAAUGUUUAAGCUGCUCAGCUUGUGGUCAAACGUUCACCCAGAGAGGAGCCUUAUUAUGUCACAUAAGAACACACACUGGUGAGAAACCUUUUGCCUGUUCAGUUUGUGGCCAAAAAUUCUCUCAUAGGCGAAACCUAAAAAGCCAUACAAGGACACACACAGGCGAGAAACCGUUUGCCUGCUCAGUUUGUGGGCAAACGUUCUCUCGUAAACAAGCUCUGACAACACACUCGAGAAAGCACACUGGAGAGAAACCGUUUGCCUGUUCCGUUUGCAAUCAAAGAUUCUCCCGUAGGCAUGUUUUGAUUGCUCACAAAAGAACACACAGUGGAGAGAAACCUUUUCCAUGCUCAGUAUGUGGUCAAAGAUUCUCCAAAAAGGGAUCCAUUAAAAGUCAUAUGAGAACACACACUGGUGAAAAACCAUUUGCCUGCUCAGUCUGUGCUCAAAGAUUCUCUCUCAAGGGAAACUUAACAAGCCACAUGAGAACACACACGGGCGAGAAACCUUUUUCCUGCUCAGUCUGUGGUCAGAGAUUCUCUCAGAAGGGAACUUUAAUAUGUCACACGAGAACACACACUGGAGAAAAACCCCAUGCCUGCUCAGACUGCGGUCAAAGAUUCUAUCAGAAGGGUAACUUUAAGAGACACAAGUGUGCUGGUGAUAAAAGAAGUGAUAUGUAAAACUGUCCUGAUAUUCAGGUUGUUGAUUUGAUCGCAGCUGGACUUGUGGUUCUUUCCGACUUUUCAACCAUCAUCCAAGCUGGCUUCACCAAUUAAGGGGUUUGAUGGGGCAGCUCAAACUUUGGGCUCAAGCCAUCCAGUGUCACCUGUCUGACUGCAGGAGUGAAAAAAAGUUACAAUUUUGUAUUCUACCUAGCUUGUAUUUUAUCUACGGUCUUAUAUUGAGUGUACAUUUUAAAAGUUUCCAUGGGCAUGUGUUGUGAAUGAGCACUUGUGUUCAAACCUAUCAAGGAAUGCAUCUGCCUUGCCCACUGUUUUUGUGUGUACAAAGACAAAGAACUAAAGGAUUAAUUGAAAUUGUGUAACCAACCCUAUAACAUGGUUUAUUUGCACUGUAUGUAUAAGAUACCUUAUAACUGGAAUAUAAAUAAAGGUCUGAAUGUGCAACUGACUGUCCACACUCAGGCAUCUCAGCACUUGUGCCACAUAACUUCUCUCGACAAUACUGAAUGGCUUGCAAUUCUCAAGAAUGUUGAGCAGUGCCUACUCAGGCAAUGCCUUCCUAGAAGCUUGCUUGUUAAACAUGAAGUUAUGGUAUCAGACACUUCAGUUUGGUUCUUUGAAUGUACAAGAAUUAUCUGCCGGAAGACAAAUCAUGUAACGCAGUCCGGAUGUGAUUCUUAGUUGCAUGUGUGAUGGCCCUUAAAAGAGCCGUUGGGGUUGUGUCAAGAAAGCUUAAGCCCUCUCGCCACGGAUGCGUCGAGCCAGCUGAAUGUCUUUGGGCAUGAUGGUAACCCUCUUGGCGUGGAUAGCGCACAGAUUGGUGUCCUCGAACAGACCGACGAGGUAAGCCUCGCUAGCCUCCUGCAACGCCAUGACGGCUGAGCUCUGGAAGCGUAGAUCGGUCUUGAAGUCCUGUGCGAUCUCCCUAACCAGACGCUGGAAAGGCAACUUGCGGAUAAGCAGCUCGGUGGACUUCUGAUAACGACGAAUCUCGCGAAGCGCCACAGUACCGGGCCUGUAACGAUGAGGUUUCUUCACACCGCCGGUGGCCGGGGCGCUCUUGCGGGCAGCUUUGGUAGCCAGUUGCUUCCUCGGUGCUUUACCACCGGUGGAUUUACGAGCUGUUUGCUUCGUUCUUGCCAUAGUCCUCGAGGGCUAGCUUGCACCAAGUGAGAAUGCCGAAAGGUCCACGAGCUCCAGGUUUUAUCCAGGGGAGGCAACUUUGAUUGGUGCGGUUUGGAAGAGCGCGCGCCAAAUCAGCCUGAACAUUGGACGGACACAAAUUUAAAUUGAACCAAUGGGCACUCAGUACAACUGACCAACGGCUCGCGAAACAGAAUGAAGGAAAAUGCGUUUGGCGUCUUCAUUUGUGAGUUGAUUUGAAAUGUUUCAUCUUCAUUAACUGAACGUUUUGGAAAUGUGUGAAGUGAGAAAGCAAUAAUUAUUAUACACGCAUUACUCAUAUUAUUUGGGGUUGAUUCUGUUUUGUGUUCAAGGAGGUGUUGUCGAAAAAACGAAUACAUAUAUCAGUCAUUCUAUAAGGAACGGAAUCAGUACAGAAUUGUACCAAAAUAAACUUUAUUAAACAACAACAAAAACAUUCACCUGAAGGCGUUGCUUUAAAAAGAAAUAUAUCUGCAUCAUUUAUUAAAAACAAAUGUGACCUCAUGACUGCAGACCAGACAAUCAAAUGUACACCCCAAAAGCACUGAGGAGCAAAAAUGGUUGAUAGAAAUGACUUAUUCGUCAACUCAAUCGACCAAUGACUUCUUAAACGUUAAUGUUAAUUUUGCUGAAUGAUUUUUAGUAUCCAGUAAUGUAUUAUAUAGGACGUUUUGUCCCAACUCCAUACUAUCCGAAAUCUGAUAUAUACAAUAAGACAGAUUACUGUAGAACGAAAUAAACUUCUUUCAAAACUAAAGGACACAAAAAUGUUUUGAGACAAAACAAUCAACCCUGCACAGUUAUCAUUGAACUAUAUGGGGUAUUGAUAAAUGGAAGACUCUUUAAAGGUGUGGUGGCUCUUAAAAGAGCCUUUUGUAUUAAAAGGUAUGCUGAAUUACUUCUUCGAUGCAGCCUUCUUGACGGUUUUGGGCUUGGCGGCCUUUUUGGAGGGGGCCUUCUUUGCGGCAGCAGUUUUCUUAGCCGCAGGAGCUUUUUUGGGUGUCGCCGCCUUCUUGGUGCUCUUGGCGGGUUUCUUCGUUUUCUUGGGCGACGCAGCCUUCUUGGUGACCUUCUUGGCGGCGGUUUUCGCUGGAGUCGUUUUGGGCUUUUUGCUCGGUGCGGCCUUCUUGACGGCAGC